AUGGCCACUAAUGAACACUCACAUCUGUUAACAAACAGUCUUAGUGGAUUAUGUGAGAGCGGACAAAUGAUAGUCAAGCCAUACGGCCCAGCUGUAACGCUAGCCAUGACACUUAAUUACGUUAUCGGCACUGGCUGCUUUGGUUCACUAAUUACAAUGAACUACACACUAGAAUCCUUGGCACGUGCAGAAGGCGUCUGUGAAGCUACUAGUACAGGUGUACCCUGUCACCAGAUCACAUACCGUAAGUUCGAAUUUGCCACGAUUGCUGAGAUGUUUGUGGGACGACUUGGUAAGGCAGCAGUACAGCUCGUUAUGGGCUUAUACUGUAUUGGAUCCCUAUGGUCAUAUGCUUCCGUGUUCUCAUCAUCCACAGCAUCACUCUUCUUCACGUACGCACUGGGAGACACGUGCAACGUAUAUGGCGACUCUCCGACCAGUGGAUGUCUCGACAGCUAUUACAUGUUUAUGGCCAUCUUUUCGACAAUUGUGCUGUACAUGGUACUCAUGGACAUCAGUGAUCAGGCUCUCGUGCAGAAGUUUCUGUCAGCUUACCGUAUCGUGGCCUUCGCACUCAUGUUGGUGACAAUGACGAUCAAGGUAGUUACUGACGGAUCGGAGGUUGCGGCAUCCCGCUACGCUGCAAUUGGACUAGUAAACUGGAAGAACUUUGGCAAGGGCUUUGGACCGACAUUACUGGCCCUCAACUGCCAGUAUAACAUGCCGGAUGCCCUGCAGCCACUGAAUCCCAAGUCCCAGGCGCGCUUCGUUGCGUUCGCAGCGCUGCUGAUUGCUGGCACGUGCUAUUUACUUGUGGGUUUUCUUGGUGCAAUUUCUUUUGACACGAUCAAUCCAUUAGCGACGUUAAUGUGGAGUUCGUACACUGGCUGUGGCAAUGGGUGGGAGACAUGUGAGUACUCAAACCCAAUGGGCACCAUCGUGCAGGUAAUUAUUCUACUGUUCCCUGUAGUCAAUGUGGUGUCCGCGUACCCGAUGGUGGGAGUUACUGUGGGUGACAAUAUGCUCAUGUCGUUUCCGUCUCAUCUCACUGCACGCUUUGGCGAGAAUCUCACGCGUAGCUUUUGCCGACUAUUAGUAUCGGCGCCUCCUAUUCUAUUCGCCAUCCUGUUUAAGCGCCUCGACUUCAUUUUUACUGUAGCUGGAUUGUUUGGCUUUCUGCUUGGAUGGACAAUUCCAAGCUGGUUUCAAGUUAUUGGCAGUCGUUACUGCCAAGGUGUGUGGGGAUUCCCUGGCGCUGCCAUCACCGAAUUCACACACAGUUGCAAUUGCUACGAUCAAUGCGAGAGUAUGGACAAGAUGGCGCUCAGCAUGUUCAACGCGCUCCGGCUGCUCCCGGCCUCGACUGGAGAUGACACCAAGAAACAAGAGACCAAAGACGCGAUUACGAUGUUGGCCAAAGACGUUCUUAAGAUGGUGCAGGAGACUGACGUUCUCAUCGACGACCUCCCGGGACUUAACAAGACCGAAACUGAACAAAUGGAGGAGCUGCGACGACUGCAGAUUCAGAGCGAAGAGGAGGCUCAGACGCUGCGUCAAGUCGCUGAGGAAGCAGAGCGUUGGAUGGAGCGCGCACGAAACUCGCUGCGUGUAAUCUCGGAAACGCGUCUGCGUCGAUGA